CUUUUAUUUAAAAGAAACAUUUUCUCUUGAAAGUUGGCGCUUUUCUUGUUAUUUUCUAGUUUAUAAUCAACUGUUUACCUUUUAGACUCUUUUGUGUUUUUGUGAUCAAAUUUCGAAUCAUUUGUCUGAUCAUUGUGACGAUGUUUUCCAAAAGUUAUUUGAUUCUAUUCACUUUUAUCCAAUGGAUUUACGCUCAGGAAAAUCCAAGAGUAAAUCUAUUCACAGCUCAGUCCAAACCUGUGAUAGGAAGUAAAUCUUCAUUCACUUGUCAAGCAUCCGCUGGAUCUUUACCAUUGAACAUCUUAUGGUACAAAGAUAACAAGGAAAUAAGUGACAGUUCAACAAUUAGAAUUCGGACAAUUGAAGAUUUUUCUAAUCUAAUCAUUGAAUCAGUUUCACCAAGUCACUCAGGGAACUACACAUGUAAAAUAUCAAAUCAGUUCGGCUCAGACAUUAGUUCACUGGAAUUGAAGGUGGAAGGUCCACCAUCUUGGAAUGAGAAACCAGAGAACCUUAGAAUUCGACUUGGUAAAUCUUCUGUUAUCAAAUGUUCUGCAAGUAGUUAUCCAAAGUCGACAAUUGAAUGGAAAAUUUCAAAAGGUUCAUCUUGGACAUCUCUUGAUUCAUCGGAUUUAUUUAAACGAAUUGACGACAAUCAGCUUAGCAUAGUAAAUGCGAGUCCAAAACACUCAGGAAAAUAUGGUUGCUUAGUAUCAAAUUCAAUCGAACCAAAUCUUUGGAGCGAAUUCAAUAUUGCGAUUGAUGCAAAACAAUGUUGUUGGUACUUUUGUCUUUGUCUAUUAUUAGCGUUUCAAAUGGACAAGAAAGUCCAAAAGUGAAUCCAUUUGCUCCAUUGAUUAAACCAGUGGUUGGAGGAAAAACAUCAUUCGCUUGUCAAGCUCUUUCAGGAUCAUUGCCUUUGUCUUUUAUCUGGUUCAAAGAUGGAAAAGAAAUCAGAGAAAUCUCAUCAAUCAGGAU